CUCAUUUAGUGUAACAAACAAAUACUGCCCUCAGGUCGUAGCCUACUAAGUGGUUUAUUGCCUCUAAAAUGAGUGACAGUACUGCUGUUUUUUGUUUUGUUUUUACUAUCAACGAGUCUACCACGGCGUAAAUUGAUUUGUUGCCAUGGAUACAGCGCAUGGCGGUGUCCUGCGACGUAAUUAGAGCAAUCCGGUGUUGACUAAUUGUCGCUCCUGCUGCUUCUUCCAGCUAAUCUGGCUCUAGGAAAAUACUCAUGGUUACAGUGGGUAAAAAUACUCCACUGCUCUUACAUCAGUGCGCUCCGUGAUAUUUUUGGCAACCAUUUGCGUCGGAGUGGUUAUACUGGGUGUCUGUCUUUGCCAGCCCUGGAGUGUCGCCUGCAACGACUCGCGUCCUGUGAUUUCGACAUAAACAUGUAAAAGGAAAACAGCGCAGGGGUGCAGCAGUGAGGAAGUCUUUGAGAUAAAAAAGCACCGUGGAGACUCUGGCACACGAAUGGCGGUUUGACGUUGUCUCUGUGAGGAUAUGGAAGGGACCAAAGCGUCCUGUCCCGUCGCCUGUAUGAGCACAGCGGGGGCUGCUGUCCCGAGCGCUGCUGUGCGGCCGACGGGGGAUUUGGCCGGGUUUGGAUAAUUGGCGCUUUCAGUAUGUGACCGGUCACCAACUGAAAAACAGUUUCAAUUAGGACAUGGCUGAGUGAACUGUAAAACGUAUUUCAAUGUAUGCUUACAGAGCAGAAAUGGAUACUUACAAAAUAGCUUGGUUGCAACUUCUGAUAAUUUAUCUCAUUAAGUUGUUUUUUUAAUGUUUUAUUUUAAUGCGCUGGAGAAAUGUGGAGUGCGUUUAUGAACGGCUCGGGGCUGCACAGCGGGGGCGGUGCUCGUGGGGGCUACGUCCCGUCUCAGGGAUGGGAGUUUGUGCCGUGCUCCGGGAUGGAGAGGGCUGAUAGAGGCAGGGGCAAAAGUCGCAGCCCGUCGAGGAGGAUCUCUUCUCCGCCCACCGUCUUCAGUCACAUCUACGAUUCCCAGUUCGGUGCUUCAGCGGAUGGUAGAGAAGGUGGAGCAGGGACACAGCUUGAACUCCUCAGGGAUCAAAUGUGGCCGGGUCCCGAAGCCCAGCAGCAGCAAACACAACACACGCGGCUUAAAAAGAAAUUUGAGGAUUUGAAAAAGCGACACGUACAGGAUAAGGAAGGAUGGAUGCGCGAGAAGGAGUCAUUGUUGAGAGAAGUAGCUGACAUACAAGGGGGGGAGAACAGAAGGAUUCUGCUGGACCUGAAGACGGUUUUGGAGGAAGUGCAGGCAGAGGUGAAGAAAGAGGAGGAGAAGAGGGGCGAGCUCCAGCUGCAGUACACCAGAGACAGAUGUGCCUGGGAGCUGGAAAAGGCCGAGCUCAAAUGCAGGAUUGCACAGUUGGAGGCUAGAGAGGGUGCUGGGUUGAUCAGUGGAGGGGUCCAGUCAGCGGCAGUUCCUGGCUCCGUGGCGUCACGGAGCGCUCGAGAACAGAACGGCGAGACAUCAAUACUCCGCCGGGAGAGGGAAGAGCAGCGGAGGCUCCUGGCGGACACACACUCGACAGCCAUGGACCUGCGCUGUCGCCUGGAGCACAAUGAGAGGGACUGGUUAAGGGAGAAAGCCGAGCUGCUGGAGAGGUUCGACGUGGAGAGGAGGGAAUGGGAGUGCCAGCUGAAGGAUAUGCAGAAGAAAAUUGAAGAGCUGUACUGUGAUGUGAGGAUCAAGCGAGAAGGGACCGGACUAGACAGUGGGAGGCAGGUCGACGAUAACGUUGUGCACAGACUCAGCGUACGCUCAACCAGCACCGGAUCCAGCCUGCUCAGUGACAACGAGCCGCUGAGCAGCAGCAGUCUGUCAGAGCCAAUCAGACAUCCUCCUUUACCUGGUUUUGGUCGCAACAGAAACAUCAGUGGCAGCGAUCGCGUUGGCAGAGAUGGUCACCACUCCACCUUCUUCCAAGCAGACAGCCUCUUUGAAUUUGGCGUUGGUGGUCAGGUCACUCAGAAUGAGCAUUCACAACCUGAGCAGGUAGAUGAGUUAAGAUCCAGAGGCACUUGGCAGCAAGACUCAGCCACUGAUAGCAAGGAAGCUGUGGAUACAAUGGAGCUGGAUGCUAUGUUUCCUGGAGCUCCUGGAUGUGGAGUGCCCCAGAAGAAUGUCUCAUACGGGAAUGAAAACAAUUUUCGUCCUGAAGAAAGUCCUCUUCAGCUGAGUUACGGCAGCGACAAGAAGAAGAACACCACUGCUCUCAAUGCUGCUCUGAAGGAGAUAGCUCUUGUAAGCGAGGAGCUUUGCAGCUACCAGGAUGAGAUCAGAAAGAAGAGUGGGGAUAAGAGGAAUCGGUUUGAAUCCCUGUGUCUACCUGAGGAGAGUGAGAUGUUGUGUGGCCAUGAAAACACCCUACUGGAGGUGGAGGAAGCCCCCUGCGACCUCAGCCAGAUUUACAAAGACCUCCGGGCCUUGGAGAGGGAAAACUGGAUCACCCUAUCACCAGAUCACACCUGGAAGGCCGACAGAGGGCCAAGCAAAUCCUGGAAAGCAAACACUUUUGAUCCAGACAGCUAUGGAGAAACACAGACAAGCCCUGGAGUACUCUCUGAGAUUGAUACAGCAGGUCCACCCAUCCCUCCCCGCACCUCCUCCUGGAAUCUGAGCUCCCCCACCCAUCCAGACACAGAACUCCACAUCCCGGAAUCCCCCAUGAUGACAGCGAGGAAGUGCCAUAGCCCCUGUGUUCUAGUGGACAAAAAAGGUAGCAGCCCGUCUAUUGUCAGGAAGUUCGAGGCCAUGCUACAAGAAAAUGAAGGAAAAGUUUUAAUAGACGGUGUUGUAGCAUCGUGCUCUGUACCUGCUAACUCUGAAUGUAAUAUGGGCUGCUGCCACAACCGGUGGUCCUGUGAUGCAAGCAAGUUCACUAGCAGUAAGCUGUCGACAUACGGGACUGUCCAGAAAAGCUUCUCUGAAGUCAACAUUUUGACUGCUGGAAAAGACUUGCGCUCGGAUUACUGCCCUGGUGUCGGGAACUUGAAAAGCUCUGAGCAACAAAUGCCUCAGAUUGUCAAAGAGUUGCCUUUAGAUUUGCUCUUGUCCUCUCUCGAAAUACCACCUGCCAGCCCCAACCUCCAGGGCUCCAAAAGAAACAUAAUGCUGGAACAAAAAACAGCUGAGUUCAACAGAACUUUGUUUCAGGCUGAGAUGGGCCGUGGCGUAGAGGAACCAGACAGUUUUAUACGUACAGAUGCCGGCUCAGUGGGUUGCCAACCAGUCUUUCCCCCAAGUUGUGCAUCAGAUGAGAUUUUACCUCCCAGGGAGACACCAUUUCAUCCAAAUUGUACUGAUGUCACCACUAGCGUCAUGGGUGUGCAUCCUGAAGUCACAUGUUCUACAAUUCAGAACCCCAAGCUCCAACCAAGGCGAAUGAGAUGUGGUACUGGAGGUCAAGAGGUUAAAAUGAAGCAAGAAAUCCUUUCUGACCAUUCAUCUGAACCACAGCCACAGAUUAUAAGCUCUCAGAGUCCAGCACACCAUUCUGAGGUCAAGCACAAAGUUCCAACAGCAAGCAGUCCUUCCAGGAAAACACAGCGUAGAGGGGCCACAGAGGAUCUCUUUUCUGAGCCUGUCUUACCUGCAAACACCCAGCCAGGUCCGAAUGUGGACAGUUACAGCUCCAAGAAUGAGAAUCCCCAGGGAGCAAGGUCUCAGUCGGCCAGAGCUGGUGGUUCACUCCAGCAGCAGUCUACUGAGAACAAACAAAGACAGAUGACACAGCCAGGGCAACAGGCACAGCUAAGGCAUGCGUCUGUUCUUCCUUCCCAGUCAGACUCCUCCAGACCUGGGCUUCGAAUGAUGAAUGACCAUCCCUGGAGGGCCCUUACUCUGGCUGCGUACCCACGGCCUGAGGGAUCCAGAUCCAACUACGGUGCAGUGGAAAGGAUUCUGAAGAAUUAUGAGAGUGCAGCCCGGGCUCAACAGAACCAGAGCCAACCGAACGAGAUGGCUUCAAGUCCUUUGGUCAGUGUCAGGCAGGAGGAGAACGUCACAGAACUGGAUAUGCUGGACAUGGACCCUCUGCCCUUACUUCCCACUCCGAGACACACACAGACUUCACACACCUCACAGACGCACACCACACAUGCACAGCUCAGCAGCCACUGCGCCAUGGGUGUGAAAGAGAUACAUCUAACAGUGCAGGAGAAGGAAGAGACCUCUGUCUCCUCCUCCGUUCAGAGGAACUUCUCGAGACCUGCCCGUCCAGCCAACCGACGCCUCCCCUCCCGAUGGGCCAGCCGCUCCCCCACUUCCUCCUCCUCUGCCUCCCCCUCUCCCUCUACCACCCCUGUUGUGCCUCCAUCCUUCCCCCUCCAGAAACACAGCUCCUCUUUUACCUACUCACACGCCUUUCACAAAGAGACCGUCAUCAUUUGACAUCCAAGAAGUCUUCAGUGAUAACCUCUGAACACUGAACGUUCCUUUUCAUUACUGUUGUACAUACCAAACCCAGACUGCUUCUCCACUCCUACAGACUAAAGAAGUGCUUUAGUUGUGAGUUCAUCCACUCACCUUUUAGAAUGUAUGUGACAUCCAGUGGAGCCUAACUGACCAAGGAAGGCAAGAAAAGGAUCUGAAGCAGCUUUACUUAUUCAUUCAGCAGUUUGCUCCCAUGAACCUGCCAGGCAUCAUGCAUAGCCUCAGAGGACAGUGAAAACAUCCCAUCCACUGAUCAUGCAUUUAUGCCAACCAUCUGAAUGGAUGUCCAAUGCUCAGGUCUGGAUUCUAGCCUUGACUAGUGUAGCCUUGCAGAUCUACCAACAACACACCCUCCUUCUCUUCUAUAAACUGUUUUUACACCUUAAAAGCGAUGCUUGCCCAUAUUCAGAUGAUCCAAAAACUUCCAGCCAAAUGAAAUCCAGAGUGAUGUAUGUAAUAUGUACUGUAUUUUGUAUUUUGUGUGCAACAUGUUUUGUGUGCUUUUUGCACAAAAUUUGAUGUUACAAACACAAUAUGCAGCAUCAUGCUGGGUCGGAGAUAAAGUGGCAGUGAAGGAGACAUUCCCCCCUAGCCCUAGCAUCACUCUGUGUGCUGAAUAAAGCAGUGUUGGUUUCUGCCUUCUUGAAUAUUACCUACAGUACAUGCCUGGACUGUACCUUGCCUGUGACUUAAACAUUUUGCUUUCCAUCCAUGACUGGCUUUACAUUUUUUUUUCAUGAAUACAGUAACACAAAUGUGAUUGUGAGUUCCUUUUUUUUUUUUUUUUUUACAACUUUGUACCAAAGGCUGGUUUCGUUAUAUGCAUUUUUCCUGAUUUGAAAGUGAAAUGCAUUGUUUGGAAUGGCUUUAAUUUCUUGCUGUCAACUCAUUGCUAAUGUUUUACAAUCAAAAUGUAAAACAUAAUUCACGAGAGCCUGCUUUUGUGCAAAACAAAUAAUUAUGCUUGUGACCAUUUUUCUACUUUUACUAAUUCUGAAUGGUCAUAUAUCAGGACAUUACUCAACUGAGUAGUACAGUUUUUUCGGUCAAAGUGGUGAAUCAUAUGAUAAAGGUGAGGCCUUUGCUGUUCUUUUUGUGUAAUAAACAUAAGGACUUAAUGCUU